GAGAGAGAGAGAGAGAGAGAGAGAGAGAGAGAGAGAGAGAGAGACUGGUCAGUCCCUGAGCAGCUUCGCUUCGACCACAUUUUGAUACCGUAGAGGUGAAGGGAGAGAGAGAGGGAGGAGAAAGUCUAUUUCAUCUGGAAGCGGUUUGUCUCGCAGCUUCACCUCUGCCUCCUGCGCAUCAUCUUUGGCUCCGCAUCGCCACAGCCCUGGGAGGAUACGAUCAGGUCCGAAGUGGAGGCCUCUUCUUCCUCCUGUGAGACACAGUGAAUCCGUCUGAUCAUCUGCUCUCAGUCAGUCAGUGAUCCAGUUGUUGUCCAGCAUGAUCCAGAUAAUGGAGAACAUGCUGUGUCUACUGGUCCUCAGCUUAGUGCAUUUGAAGGAUGCUGCAGGUGGUGAUGUGUGUGUGUCGGGUCAUGACAGCGGGCCAGUGUUUGAACAACAGCCAAGCAGUUUAAUUUACCCAGAGGGCCUGAGUGAAGGCAAGGUUACCCUCAGCUGUCAGGCCAGAGCCAGUCCACCUGCUUCCUACAGAUGGCUCGUAAACGGCACAGAUGUCGCACUGGGUUUGGACCUUCGUUACACACUGGUGGCUGGAAACCUGGUCAUCAGCAGCCCAGAGUCUGUAAGAGACACUGGCUCAUACCAGUGUCUGGCCAUCAACCGCUGUGGAGUCGUCAUCAGCAGAGCAGCCAACCUCAAAUUUGGCUACCUUCAUGACUACCCUCCAGACAGCAGGAGUCCACAGACGGCAUAUGAGGGUAUGGGGACUUUCCUGGCCUGCCAGCCACCUCCACAUUACCCAGCCCUGUCAUACCGCUGGUUCAUCAACGACUUUCCCAACUUCAUCAAGAAAACCGACAGCCGCUGGUUUGUGUCGCAGGUCACGGGGAACCUGUAUUUGGCUAAAGCGGAGCUGAACGACACGGGGAACUUCUUCUGCUUCACCACCAUCAGCAUGGACAUCAGCACCAAGAGCACCUUCAGCAAAGCCAAUCAGCUCAAUGUGCUGCCUGAUGCCAAUCCAAGGAAGUCAGCACCGAGCAUUAAAGUGCGUUUCCCAGGGGAGACUUAUGCCCUUGCAGGACACACCGCCCAGUUAGAAUGCUUCGCCUAUGGAAAUCCGGUCCCAAAACUGCGAUGGAGGAAGGUGGAUGGACUAAUGCCGUCCAAGGCAGGCGCUUCGGCAGAAGGUCCCACCCUCAUCCUCCAAGACCUCUCCUUUGAUGAUGAGGGUAUUUACGAGUGUGAAGCCUACAACUCAGAAGGAAGUGACACAUACCAGGGACGCAUCACUGUACAAGCUCAGCCGGAGUGGUUGCAGGUGAUGAGCGACUCAGAGGUGGAGAUCAGCUCAGAGCUUCACUGGAGUUGUGUUGCAGCUGGUAAACCACGACCCUCCGUAAGAUGGCUCCGCAACGGACAGCCUGUCAGCACACAGGACCGGGUGGCGGUGAACGGAGCUCGUCUUAAGAUCAAUAACUUGGCUCUGGAAGAUUCAGGAAUGUACCAGUGUGUGGCUGAAAACAAACAUGGCACCAUCUACUCCUCUGCUGAGCUCAGAGUCCAAGUUCAGGCCCCAGAUUUCAGAUCGAAUCCAGUGCGAAGGCUGAUUCCAGCAGCCAGAGGAGGGCAGGUGAUGAUUGAGUGUCGCCCUCGAGCUGCUCCGAAGCCAAGCCUGUUCUGGAGCCGUGGCACGGAGCUGCUCACCAACAGCAGCAGAGUCACUGUAACUUCAGAUGGAAUCCUGUGGAUACACAACAUCAGCAGAGCAGAUGAGGGGAAGUACACCUGCUUUGCUGAAAACUACCUGGGCAAAGCCAACAGCACUGGACACCUGUCUGUCAGGGAUGCCACUAAGAUCACACUGGCUCCUUCCAAUGCCGACAUUAAUCAGGGGGAGAAUGUGACGCUGCAGUGUCACGCCUCCCAUGACCCCACCAUGGAUCUGACCUUCACCUGGGCCCUUAACGGGGUUCUGCUGGACGUGGAGGGUUCUGCAGGACCAUACCACCGUGUGGAUGGGAAGGAAAACAUCGGUGACCUGCUGAUUGUGAAUGCUCAGCUGAGUCAGGCAGGAAUAUACACAUGCACAGCUCAGACUGUGGUGGACAGUGCAUCGACUAUGGCUCGACUUGUGGUUCGAGGACCCCCAGGACCUCCAGGGGGUUUACUUGUGAGGAACGUUGCCGAGACAUCGGUGGAGCUCAGGUGGAGUCGUGGCUACGAUAAUCACAGUCCCAUUGGCAAAUACAUCAUAAUGGGCCGGUCAUCACUAUCAUCACAGUGGAAGAAGAUGAGGACGGACCCAGUGAACAUUGAGGGGAAUGCAGAGUCAGCUCGUGUGAUGGGACUGAUUCCCUGGAUGGAUUAUGAAUUUCAUGUCAUUGCCAGCAACAUCCUGGGAAGUGGAGAGCCCAGCAUGCCCUCACAGACCAUUCGCACUCAGCAAGCAGCUCCCACAGUGGCCCCCAGUGGACUAUCAGGAGGUGGAGGAGACCGCAACGAGCUCAUUGUUACCUGGACGCCCAUGGCUAGAGAAUACCAAAACGGGGACAAUUUUGGCUACACCCUGGCAUUCAGGAAGAAAGACACAUCAUCGUGGACAGUGGUGCGCAUUCUUCAUGUCGAGUCCUCUCGUCAUGUCUACUACAAUGAAAGCCUGACGCCGUACAGUCCAUUUGAGGUGAAGAUCAAAGCUUUUAACCGCAGAGGAGAGGGUCCGUUCAGUCAGAUCGCUGUGGUGCACUCUGCAGAGGAAGAGCCAACAGUGGGACCGUCCAGCAUUAAUGCCACAACACUGACUGCCUUCGACAUCCAGGUUUCCUGGGAGCCGGUCCAGCAGCUCAGCACCAAUGGCAUCCUUAGAGGAUAUGAGAUCCGGUAUUGGCGGCAGCAUGAACGGGAGGCGGCAGCAGACCGGGUGAGGACAGCAGGACUGGAAACGACAGCCAGGGUGUCUGGACUUCGACCCAGCACGCGAUACCACGUUGCAGUUCUGGCCUACAACAGUGCUGGCACAGGGCCACCCUCGCCACGCACCACCGUCACCACUAGGAAGCCACCUCCUAAUCGUCCUCCAGGCAAUGUUUCAUGGAAGACAGAUAGCUCAUCUGUAAUAGUGCGGUGGGACCAUGUGAAGGCCAUGCACAACGAGUCUGCUGUUCUGGGCUACAAAGUCUUGUACAAACAUGAAGGCCAAGCAGCGUUGAAAGUUCUGGACAAGGCAAAGACGUCAGUGAAUCUGCCUCUGCCGAAAGACAACGGUUACGUCGUGUUGGAGAUUCGAUCUUGGGGAGAGGGCGGAGACGGGCCAGCGCAUGAGAUCAUUGUGUCCCGGGACACAGGAACUGGUAUGAUGGUCCAGAACAAGGCCGCCUCCACACUUUCCAGUUACCCUCUGCACCUCUUCACUGGCUUGCUGUUCCUUACUCUCACAUAUUUGUCGGUGCUGUGAUCUCAGCCACUCUUUGGACAUUUUACUUUUAAAGGCUUCAAAGUAAAGUUUCUCCAUUUUCUCGACCUGUGUUUUGGGUUGGGUUCUUCACGUGGUUGGGGAAGGUUGUAGCUUUGCAGGAAUUUAAAGACUGGGAGGGAUUCAGUUUUUUUUUUUAUAAUAAAAAGAUGACCUUUUUUUAGGGGAAGAAAGGGCAACCCUGACUGCCUGACUGGAGUGCUUUUGUGAACCAGUGUUAAUAAAACAAAAAACAAAAAAAAAACCUGCCUUAUGGGACCAUUACAUUUGUGGACGACACAUCUCAUAGUUGCGAAGCUCAGACUGGAGCUGGUGGGACGCAGACUUCACAAAUUUCACACAUUUGAGACCUGGUAUUAACAUCCGUCCUUGGUGAUUUGAUGAAAUUGCACACAGAGCAAAGUACUAAGGUCAAUGCAUACCCAAUCUAUCCUGAAUGCAUCCUCAGAUCUGAUCACAAAAACGACCUGUCGGGGUGGUUUUGGGACCACAUUUAUGAACCUCUGAGCCCCUGCAGUCUCACAGUGAACUGAAAGUAUUUUUUUACUCUAGUCAGAACCCAACACGGCAAUUUAUUUGUUGCCACUGGUGCAUUAUUAACACUGAUCUAAUUACUUCACCCCACAGAGUUUGUGAUAGACACAUAUGUUGCCCAAGAAUUUUGACCCUGACCCUGCGGAUUCGAAUACACAACCUUCUGAUCUGGAGUCAGACGCUCUACCGUUGCGCCACAGAGUUACACGUAUAGGCCGACAGAGGAUCGUUGCGUGAAUGGAGUGAAGUCUGCCAUCUGAUUCCCUUUUUAUAUAUUGUUUCACGUUACAGGAGCAUGUGUAACACUUCUCUUUGUUACUUGUUGCUUUUGGUCAACAACAUAAUGCCCUUCUCUCUUUUUCUUUCUUGCUCCUGGGCCGUGGUGCAGACUCACAGACACACACUAACACAUAACAACAGACACAUCCGUGCAGUCGCUCCAUGAAAACACAACAGGCAUGAUGUCGGCGUGUAUUUGAAUACCAUCUUGCAGGGGAAGCAAAAUCUGUGGUCACAGGAAAUGCAUUCAAGAUACAUUUUAAUGCCAAGCUGUCCACGGGUGAUCUGAUCUCUCAGCAGGGAUGUUAAUACCAGGUGUGAACAGGGCCCAAGUGUAAAUGACAGUGUCAGUUUGAUGAGGUUCACACCAAGAGCAAUUAUUUCACACACACACACGCACACAGACACACACUCUGAUUAUAUGUCGCACAUGAAAACUUAGCUUUAGCUUAUUGUGUUGAGAAAAACAAUUUGUUUCCUAAAAUGACGUUGAGUUCUGU